AUGAGCCACCGGCACCGUGCGCUCAGCUGCUGUCUCCUCCACGCGUUGCUGCUGUUGCUGCUGCCGCACGGUCCGGGGCGCGUUGCGGAGCUCGCGGUGGCGGCGGAGUACUCUUCCAAAAGCGACUUGGACUACGAGUUCGGGGACUACCGGGGCAAGUGGUGCAUCGACGACCACGGUUUUGUUUACGGCAUCGGAGAGAUUUAUUACCCGAGCCCCACUGCGUGUCCGUGCACUUGCACCGUGGACGGUCCGGUGUGCGUCCGACCCAAGUGUCGUCGCAUCCACCCCCAGUGCACGAGGAUCAGGUAUAAGGCAUGCUGUCCGGUGUGCGAGGCUAUGGCCAGGGUCUGUGUCUACAGGGGCAAAACGUACCGGCUCCUAGAGGAGUUCAGGUUGUCCAGGUGUGAGCGAUGUCGCUGUGAGGCCAACAGAGAGGUGUACUGCACCAUUUCGGACUGCCCCGCCCCUCAUUGUGUCAACCCCACCUACGAAGCCAACCACUGCUGCCCCGUCUGUAAGGCUGGUCCCAACUGUUUUGCCGGGAACAGGGUGAUCCCGGCCGGGGAGCGAGUGAACAUUGACGAGCGGACAGUGUGCUACUGCACCUACCGGGACGGGACGUGGCACACCCACCCUCAGGCCACCUGUGAGCAACGGCCCCAACCCAGCCCACCGCCCGGCCCCCGCACCGAGGCCCCUGGGGAUGAGGACCCCAGUGGUAGAGGUGGGAGGCCAUAUAUUCCCAGACUGGAUCUGAUACCGUGA